AUGGUGCCCGAGGCAGGCUCCAAACAGCACACCCCAACACACACAGAUCCCUGCCCCGGGCCGCGGCCAGUGGAAACUCUGAAGACUCAGCCAACUGUUCCCGAAAUCCUCCCGCCCCAGCCAGGCAGGAAGGGGGGGCGGCGGCGGGCGGGCUUCCCUGGGAGGGCGGGCAAGGCGGAGCUGGACUGCAGGGCCACAGGACCAGAACGGGCGGCGGCCACACCCCAGGGCCUGCAGAACCUGACCACGGGGGACACCGCGUCGCGCCCCAGCUCCAGGCCUGUCCCCAGGACCGCGGCAGUACCCGCACCCACCACCGGGCCGGUCGCAGCCCGCCAACGCGCCCCGGGGCCCCACCUGAACAUCCGCGCCAUCUUGCUGGCACGAUUUCCUAACCUAAUCCUCUCCCAUCUCUACAUCACCAAAUCAGCCCCGCAGGACCUACAGGGCAACCAGCCGGGGCCUUUGGGUAGCCCGAGCUCCCCAACCCAGGACAAAAGAGCCACAACCCAGCCAGUCCCCCAAGAUGGACCCGACCUGGACCCCCAUAGACCUGAUCCAGGCAUCCCAAGGACCCUACACAGCUACUUCAUGGACAUGAUUCGGCCCCCCCCAUGGACCCGGCAAGUCCCCCAAGAUGGACCAGACCCGACCCCCACAUCGACCCGAUGCACCCCCAUGGACCCAAUGCACCCCCCAUGGACCCGAUGCACCCCCCAUGGGCCCUAUGCACCCCCAUGGGCUCGAUGCACCCCCCAUGGACCCAAUGCACCCCCCAUGGGCCCUAUGCACCCCCCAUGGACCCUAUGCACCCCCCAUGGACCCGAUGCACCCCCCCAUGAACCCGAUGCACCCCCCAUGGAACCUAUGCACCCCCCCAUGGACCCGAUGCACGCCCCCACGGACCCGAUGCACCCCCCAUGGGCCCUAUGUACCCCCCAUGGACCCGAUGCACCCCCCAUGAACCCUAUGCACCCCCCAUGGACCCGAUGCACCCCCCAUGGACCCUAUGCACCCCCCAUGGACCCGAUGCACGCCCCCACGGACCCGAUGCACCCCCCACGGACCCGAUGCACCCCCCACGGACCCGAUGCACCCCCCCAUAGACCCUAUGCACCCCCCAUGGACCCUAUGCACCCCCCAUGGACCCUAUGCACCCCCCAUGGACCCAAUGCACCCCCCCAUGGGCCCACUGAACCCCCCAUGGGCCCUAUGCACCCCCCAUGGACCCGAUGCACCCCCCAUGGAACCUAUGCACCCCCCCAUGGACCCGAUGCACCCCCAUGGACCCGAUGCACCCCCAUGGACCCGAUGCACCCCACAUGGACCCUAUGCACCCCCCAUGGGCCCGAUGCACCCCACAUGGACCCUAUGCACGCCCCCAUGGACCCGAUGCACCCCCCAUGGGCCCGAUGCACCCCACAUGGACCCUAUGCACCCCCCAUGGGCCCGAUGCACGCCCCCACGGGCCCGAUGCACGCCCCCACGGGCCCGAUGCACCCCCCACGGACCUGA